AUGAGCAGAGCGCCGGCAGUAAAAGUAUUAGUCCUGGACAUGCUCGCGAUCUUGAUGCAGCAGGGAAGUGUCAACAUAGCCACGUCGAGUCACCAGACUGAGAGGGAUGCUGGAGUUCGUGUUGAAAUACCAAAUCCAACCCGCUCUGUGAGGAAUGCUGCGACACAAACGAACCCUCAUUCUCUAAACCUUCAUGACGUAUCUGGAGCUGUGGACCAGCUAACUGGGAAGCGAAAACGUGGAACUAUGUUGACAGAAGAUGACGAGGGGGAACAUUCUGGCGGUUCUGGUGUUCAGCUACCGGACGGAGACGGAGGAGAUGGAAGUGAAGGGGAGCGUGAUGCUACGCCAGCACCACAUUCACCCGGCGGACAUGCUGGUGUGGAAAUCAGCUCAGACGAGGGUCUUCAACCGGAUUUGGUGUUCCCAAACCCGACGUUCUCAUUAGGAUUAACACAGGAGGAACGUGCAGGCUUAGAUAAGGUGGUUACAGACUGUAUUACUGCUGUCAACAAGGGAAGUGAUGUGGCGGGGAGUGAGGUUGCUCCGCUUGAGCAAGAGGAAAUUGGCAUAGGUUGUAGGAAGAGUAAAAGGCAGAAACAGCCUCCACCAGCGCUAGUUGGAAAUUAUGAAUGUGACAAACGGUUUUUAAACCUCGGAAGACAGGCCUACCCAGAGUCAUACAUGUCAGGGGGGAACAUUGAUUACUCAGCCAAAUUCUCUGUCCUUCUAGACAAAAUGAAAACACCAUUUUCUAUAGGAAAUGAUGGUUGGACACUUGAGAGCAAUGAAAUGUUUGAAAUCGUCGAAAGAUCUGCUCCCACCUCUGCCAAGGUAUCCACAUUUUAG